AUGAGGAGUUUGGGGCCUGAUGGGAUUUGGCUGGAAUUAGGGGGGGGGGGGGGUGGGGGGUGCAAGCGUAAGGCACCUGUCCAUGAAGACCUUUGCCGGCCCCAGGACCGCGAUCUGCAAGAUCUGGAGCGUUCGCUCACGAGCUUGUGGCUCCACUACAACAAAGGGUAUGACUAUCCAGUUGUGGUGUUCCAUGAGGGGCUCAGCACGAAGGCCCGCCAGCGCAUCAUCGCAGCAUCGGAGAAUCGGGUUUGGCUCGCGCUGGUGCCGCGCUUCAAGGAGGUGCCCCCCGAAUGGGCCGAGGUGUCGCGGCAGCGCGCAUCGGAGUUUGCUGUCGGCUACAGGGCCAUGACGCGUUGGCGGUCCGGUCCCGUCUUUCUGGAGCCAGCACUGGCAGGCUUCGACUACGCCAUGACGCUGGAUACGGACUCCUACUUCCCAGGCCCUCUGGGUGAGGAUCCCUUUGAAGCCCUCCGUGCCCAGGGCUUGACAGCAAUGUUCCCGCACUUGGGCAGGGAGUCGGCCAGUGUCGUGGUGAACUUCAUGCACUACUUCCUGCUCUACUGCAGGUUGCACAAGAUGGACCCCCGCCGCACGAGGAUGCUGGCAGCCUUGGUUGAGAAGAAUUACAAGUGGUACCAGCAGUGCCUGAUGCUGGACAUCGAGAUUCUUCGGUUGGAUUGGUUCCGUGGGAGCGUGUACCAGGACUUUUUUCGCUACAUGGACUCGGUAGGUGGCUUUUGGAUACACCGCUGGGGGAACAAUCCCGUGCGAACCUUCGCCGUAACUCUGCUCCUGGAGGAUAAGGACGUUCGCACAGCCUUCCUGCCGUAUGCCCACCAGGACUUCUGCUCCUGCGGUGCGGGUCGUGCCUGCCAGUGGAGCUCCGAGAAGGAGGAGUACACUUGCGACCAGACGUUGGAGCCUCCGGUGGUUGAGAUGGAGGAGCUCGCAGAAGGAUUGCUUGACUUGCAGCCUUGGCGUGGAUCCGCGCGCCAGCUCAGUCGACAAUCCCAGCAGCUGGACGUGAUUCGCUUUGCUUCUGGGCAAGCUUGA